GCGUCCGUACACAUCGGGCUGAGCGCGAAUCAAAUGCACACCAAGCGACAUUGACAAAGAGCGGAGCAGGACUCGAGCGGAAGCCACGUCGUACCAUAGAAUACCCAGUACGAUAUCAUGGCCGACAUUGCAUCAGUAACUUCAUUCACGCGGCGCCGACUCUUCGAUGGAAUCUUUCUGACCACCACACUGUCUUGUCUUCGAGACAUAACGACCAGGAUGUCACCAAGUAUGGACAUUGUCAUAUUGACGUGUGCGCUCAUAUUCCUGUUGGGAGUCGUCGCGAUGGCUAUCUGCAAUCUUGUCGCCCUCACCGCGAAUCUGAAAGAAGAGCUCGCAUCUCGUCUACUACACACUCCCAAGACCAAAUUUGGAAGCACGUCUCGGAAACUCAAGAAAGUCAGGUUCGAAGAUGAAUGCUGCAAAAUGCAAUGAUGCUGGCAAGAUCGACCGACAUUGAGGCUGGGCCGUCAUGAGACAGGAUCCUCAUUAUAGAUGUAGUCGUUUCGGAGGCAGCGUUUCCGAUAUGCCGCAGGCAUCCGAGAUGCUUCUCCGCACAACAAGUAGAACUAGUUCUACUUAUGCGGACUGCCCAGUGCAACGUGGAGCUUUGAGUCUAGUUAGAAUGCUUGUUCUCCCGGUCUCGGCAUGGUAGAAAUUAGCGAGAGGACGAUCACUUGAAGAACAAAUGGCUGGAUGCAAUCGCUCACUUCGUAGGAACUCGUACAAGCUGAACAAAAGCCAUGUAGUAGUCUCUUCUCAAUCCCAGAUCUCACAUCCCAG